AAGCUGCUACCGAACCGAAGCAACAGCUAGCAGGCAGCAGCUGUCUCUGUCGGGGACGCGGUGUAUUAACAUGCAAAAGUUUAAAAACACACAUUCCUUGUCUUGAAUAGAGACAAGAGCAACCCUUGGCAAAACCUAAUACGGCUGUCGAAACCAUGGGUCAUAGCUGGCUUCCUUAAUAGCCAGUUAUUUGCGUUAUUACAAGGUUCAAAUGUGUGAAAAGUCGCUCGGUCUCCUCGUCGUUGAACAAGAUGGCAGCAGCAGCAUCGUUGCAGCAUUUGACUGUGGUGCUGGUCCUUGUUGCUAGCAUGUCCCUUGACGCUCUGGGUGAUACGAUGUAUAGGUCUUACUGAAGGUAUGGCCUCACAAGUCUUGGUCUACCCAUCACACCUGCACUCAGCUCAAACAAGUGCCUUAGGAACCAGCAGCAGUGGUAACAGCAGACAUAAAGACGAAGCUCACCACAGUAAGAACACCAGCAGAGCCUUUCAGCACCGACCCACGUCCAAGACCUAUGUGAUUGGAGUCAACUACGGCAUCGCCUAUCCCAACAACGUUAUCCCAUCCUCAACCGGUGCUGAUUCAGGAAAACUGCACAGGGGACUACAGCUUGGAGAGAGGGAGGAGUUGACAUUGCAGACUGCAGAAUUACAGAGACAAGGAGAAGGAUCAGCUAGGAUCCAGGAGUCUCUUUGCCAGACCAGAGGCCCACAGGAAGCAAGGCUUCGUAGAGACAGUGGUGGAACUUCAUCAAGAGGAGGUUUGGACUGCGGGCUACUGAGCAGGGCCUGCAUCAGAGCAGAGGAGGAGGGCAGAAACCGAAGAGUACAAGCAAGAGGACGAUACAUCUGCCUUACAAACACAGGUUCCACACAGAGAUGUGAACAGAAGGCAGGUGAAGGUGGAGAACAGCCACAGGAGAACAACUGCGUUGGAACCAUGCAGAUAGUGGAGGAGGUAUCUGCUCUACCUUCACUUCCUCCCCCUGUGGCCAUGUUGCAAAUCAGCACCGGGAACAAUGCAGACACUGUCCGAGUAGGGGGAGGAGGGACACUGCCCACUCAACACAGCAAGGUUGAGGCAGUGAAUGACAUGGGAAUUAGGUUGGAUGGGACCGAAAACAGGCCUAAUGGCAGUACUGAGGCAGUGGCAGGAGCUACGGUGACCAGAACUGGAUCAGCAGAUGGUGACUAUCAGUUAGUCCAGCACGAGGUUCUGUGCUCCUUGAAGAACAGCUAUGAGGUCUUGGAGUUUCUGGGUCGUGGCACCUUUGGUCAGGUGGUGAAGUGCUGGAAGAGGGGAACGAAUGAAGUGGUGGCUGUCAAAAUACUGAAGAACCACCCAUCCUAUGCACGUCAGGGACAGAUUGAGGUGGAGAUCCUAGCCAGGUUGAGCAGCGAAAAUGCAGAUGAGCACAAUGUGGUGCGUGCUCUGGAGUGCUUUCAGCACCGCAGCCACACCUGCUUGGUGUUUGAGAUGCUGGAGCAAAACCUCUAUGACUUCCUUAAACAGAACAAGUUUAGUCCCCUGCCACUCAAAAUCAUCAGGCCCAUUCUGCAGCAGGUGGCAAAGGCCUUAAAGAAGCUGAAGUGUCUGGGUUUGAUCCAUGCUGACCUGAAGCCAGAGAACAUCAUGCUGGUGGACCCCUCCAGGCAGCCAUACAGAGUCAAAGUCAUUGACUUUGGCUCAGCCAGCCAUGUCUCCAAGGCUGUCUGCUCCACUUACCUGCAGUCCAGAUACUACAGGGCUCCAGAGAUCAUUUUGGGCCUACCAUUUUGCGAGGCCAUUGACAUGUGGUCACUGGGAUGUGUGAUAGCCGAGCUCUUUCUGGGCUGGCCCCUCUACCCUGGAGCGCUGGAGUACGACCAGAUCCGGUACAUCUCUCAGACUCAGGGCCUGCCUGCCGAGCAGCUGCUCAACAAGGGGACCAAGACCUCUCGUUUCUUCUCCAAAGAGUCCAACUCUCCCUACGCCUCCUGGAGACUUAAGACAACAGAAGAGCAUGAGAAAGAGACGGGACUUAAAUCCAAAGAGGCCAGAAAGUACAUUUUCAGCUGUCUGGAUGACAUAGCACACGUGAACUUGGUGCUGAGUCCUGAUAACAGUGACAUGCAAGCAGAGAAGGCUGACCGGAGGGAGUUUGUAUCUCUGCUCAAGAGCAUGCUGCUGAUCGAUGCUGGGGACAGGACUGUUCCCUCCAGUGUCCUCAAUCACCCCUUCCUCACUAUGACUCAUCUGCUGGACUACCCACACAGUAACCAUGUGCAGUCAUCUUUCCGUAUCAUGGACAUGUGCCACAGUCGGCCCACCAAUGCAGUCUUUGACGCUAUAAAUCAAAACACCAUUCAUUUCUCAAGACCCCCUGUAGCCCCCACUGCCUCCUCUGGCCUCCCUCUAGGCUACAGCAACAUACCAGUCCACACUCAGGCUAUAAACCAGUCCGCUCCCUCGGUGUUGCAUCCUGGAAUAGCUCUAACAACUGGGAAUGGUCAGUUUGGGUGCACUGACCCCUUCCCACCUGCCCUUCUUCUUUGUCCUCCCACCAUGCAAGGUAACCUUAACCAACCGGCAGGGUAUUCUGUUCCCAUGGUAACUCAGGCUCCUCCCAUACAGCCCUUACCAGUGAGACCUGGUGUAAUUGCUCAGCAAGCCUGGUCCAGCCGGGGGCAGCAGCUCCUCGUCCCAGCAGCCUGGCAGCAGAUGACACCAGUGGGUCCUCCUCCCUCUCAUCCCCCUCCACCACCCCCAUCCUCCCUUACCAAUGACACCACAGCCGGCCCACAGAGAAUCAGCGACUGGGGGAAAUUGUGUCCCCACAGCAGCCACUACACAAUGAUGCAACAGCCUCUCCUGACUAAUCAGAUGCCAGCCCUCUCUGCCCAUCAGCCAAUCAACAUUGGCAUAGCUCAUGUUGUGUGGCCACAGCCAGCCAAUAAAAGGAACAGAUACAGUCAUAACAGGAACUUGUCCCACCCCAGCAACAUCCAUAUGUCAGCAUGUCGGACCCCCAAGAUGGCCAAUGUUGUUGGACAGGCACUGGCACGAAGAGAGCAGCCUCAGAGGGGGGUACCUCUGGUAGAAACUAGGCAACCGGGAGUUCAAAUCACAGAUGAAGAGGAAAAUUAUGCAGAGAAGGAAGUGAGCUGCUUUAAAGAGGUGGUGCCAAAUGGUAACAGCCAGCUGGACCUGUCCAGUCAACAACAGCGGGAUGUGGCAGUUCUGAUGGGUGACACGCCAAGCCCUGCCCCCAGUGUGAUAAGCAUCCGCAGUGAACUGACUGACGGAGAGGACGAAGAGGAUGAAGACCCUCAGCGGUGCCGUCUGAGCGAGUGUAAAGAGGAGUGUGUGUGUGAAGCAUGCAGAAACACCAGUGUGUCUAUGGAGAGAGUGUGUUCCCUCAGCAGCCCUGACAGCAGCCUCAGCACCAGUUCUUUUGCCUCCAACUCCCUUCAGUCCAGCCCCUCGGUUUCACCAUGCAAGAGACCCAACAGCAUGUCUGAAGAUGAUGGCCACGAGAGUGGCUGUGACACAGUGGAAGGCUCUCCCACGUCUGACACAUCAACCUCCCCACGUGGCAACAGUCCUUACCGUUACCUCGACAACAGUAACCACAACAAGCGCUCACCUUUGGCUGCCAUCGUAGCGCCAAUGCCUUACCCUGCAGUGCAGGGCAGGAGUCCCUGUGGCGUCAGGACAAUGGUGGUUCCACCAAUGAGAGUGCAGAACAACAACAGUCAAGGGACAGAGGAGCGUGUUCAGAGAACAGUCUCAGAGUCCUGGUCCCGUUCCAAAGGCCGCUGCAGCUUCGUAGGACAUCAGAGCACUCCCUCCUCCUUCCCCCUCCUCCCAUCCGCCCCCCUCCUGUCCCGGCAGCAAAAAGUGACUGGGCAGCACCAGCACCAGCACCCUCUGGGCUAUGGACAGGUGCAGCCGUACGGUUCAAACCACAGCAACAAAGAGUGGAACGGCAACUAUGGGCCGCUGCGACCGCACGCCUACAUCCCCCCCACUGUCCACACACACACCUUCACACACCUGUCGCACAGCAGCCCCACCCACACUUCGGCCGCCCCUCACACACAUACCCAAGGCCUGCCCACACACACCCUGCUGUCCUACCCUCCCAGUGCCCCCCUCACCGCCGCACAUCACCCCCACCCCAUCCUGCCCUCUCGCCCUCCUCCACCCCCUCUCCUCCAGCACAGCUACAGUCUCUCCCACCCCCAAGGUGGCGCUAUAGUUCACCAGGUGACCCUAGGCAUCAGCACCCACCACCCUGGACAUCCCGUUCCCCAACCACACAGGCUCCUCCCUUCCCCGACCAUCCAUCCGCAUCACCAGCCCGGCUACGCCCACCACCCCCACCAGUACAAGCCUCCCUUCCCUCCUCCUCACCCUUACAUGACCUCCCCGGCCACCUACACAGGCUUCCCUCUGAGCCCCACCAAGAUCAGCCAUCACCCCCAGUUCUCGUAUAUCUGAGGAGCAGAACAUGGCCGCAGCAGUACCUUCUGGUGAGGAAGGGCUUCGGGAAAUGGACUGGGGCUGCAACCUGGGCAGGAAGAGCUAGCAGCAGAGCACAAAACGGACACUUGUCAUGAUGAGGAAGAGGAAAAUAUGGUUAACGAGGAGAAUGGAUAACAAUGUAUCAUAGGGGAUUGAGAAAGAAAAACAAAAUUAACAAUGCUGAAGAUAAUGUUUUAUGGUGUUGCGUGGAUAAAGAAAUUCACAGCCUCUGUAAUCUGGAGGUUAUCGUCAAAAGUCAAGUCGUGUUUGAUUGUCAGAGCAACUUCAGCUCUGAAAAGACCUCCUGAGAAAUCAUGUCAGUCAACGGAGGAAACGGUGAUUGAUAAAAUCUGCAUAGCUUUAUAAGAUAGUGUCACAGGAGGGAAUGAAUUCACAAAGUAUGAUGAUAAGGAUAUUUUAAUUAAGAAUGUGUUCUUUGCACAUUACCUCCUGUUUUUUGAGAGAGUUGUUUCAGAGAGUAUGAUCUAAUUGGAGAGUGGAAAUCAAUUGUUGUUGCUGUCAAUGCGCUCAGCCUUCCCUACCCUUUAUCUUUGUUAUCUUGUAGCAUGUGCUAGCUGGUCAGAUCUGGUUGUUAAGCCAUCCCAGUCUUUAUUAACCUAGAUUGAAUGCUCCUGUCUUUGUUUGAGGCAGACUUCACUGCUGCCAUCGCCUAGUGCCUUAAAACCAGAGUCUAUGACAUUACUUCAGGAGAUUAUAGGUUGGAAAUUUAAAUGGGCUUGCAGCACUUAACCUUUUAGACUCUGAAUAUGAUGGGCUUAUUGGAUAAAUAAUGCUUGUGGUUAUGUUUUUAAUAUUAGCAAAUGUUGGACUUCAGUUUGCUUUCUAACUCAGAGUAUGUAUUUACUUUAGCUAGAGGCUGCACAUUUAGGGCUUUGACUGAAUGAGCUUUUUAUGUACAUACAGAGUGAUUUGAUAAUCGAUUUCUAUUCACUAUAGUACUUAAUUCACAACAGUAUUGUCACUGUUUACUGUAACUGCAAUACAAUCUAGAUAGCCUCUGGGUUGCUGUGUUUUUAUUAUUUAGCAUUUAGGCUAGACUUGUAUUAAUGCAUUUAUGUUUUAAUUUUUGGGAGUGGUAUAGACAAAAAAAGAUUGUUUCAUGUUUUUACUUUUAAAUGCUUCUCAGUGUUUGAAAUAACCUAUCAACUUACAGUAUCAUUGCUGGGCUAUUGAGUGUUAACGGUGUAUUGGUAAUUGUUUUAAAUAUUAGUGUGAAACAAAACUUUUUGUCCAUGUAUUGAAGCCUGUUGUCAGUUUUAAUACAUUCCUUCAGGGUGGAUGCAUAGCCUUGAUUAUUAUUUUUUUUUUUGGUUUUGUGUUUUUGAUUUCCAGUGUGUAGUAGAGCUGCGUCUUUACCUGUCAUAUCAACUGGUAUGUUCCUGUAAUCAGCACCAAAGACUGUUCAUCAAUCAUUUCUGAAGCAUGGUCAAUACUAUUUCUCCUUUCACCUCCAGCAUACUGUUGCAGUUAUCAUCAUUGGAAUAUAUUGUGAGAUCUCUAUUUUAAAAAUCAGGAUGAGGUUGAGGUUUUAUUUUUCUGAGCUAUAUUUGGCAAAUUGUAUUUGGAAUGUAUAGAUAAUAAGCUGCUAUGUACCUAUUAUCUGCCACUUCGUAGCUGUGAAUUUAGAGGAAUAAUCUCAUUCUAGCCUGCAUUCUCUCUUUUGUUCUUUUGUAUUGUAGUUCUGAUGACUAGAUACAUUAGAAGUGUUUUUUUUUUUUUUUUUUAUAUAGUAUAUUGAAUGAUAUUCCUAUAUGCUAGUGCCUCUGUAUAUUGGCUUUGUUGUUUUGAAGUGAUUGUAAACUGCUGUAAUGGAAGUUAUGAGUUUUCUUUUUUUUUUAUUCUGUUGCUUUUUGGUGUGUUUUUUUUUUUGUGCGUGUGCAUUUAGCAUCAGUAUUCCAAACGUAGGCUGGGUUCACUGUUUGAUUCUGUAACUGGUUUGUUGUUGAUGUAUUAAGAGUUUUUCUUGUUUUCUUCUGAUGAUAUGGCUUUUAUUUCCGUUUUUGGACUGUAUUUGCAACUCUGCAUACUGUACAACUAGUGCCUUUCUUCAAACAAGUGGCUGACAGAUGACACAUCACAGCAGUCAGAAAUUUGUAGACUAGAUCCUUCUAAGGGGAUCAGCUCCUAUUUUCACAUCACAAAACCCCAAAGUUGUUUGUUUGACAAAGGUCUGGAAACAAUCUCUUUUUUACAUAAUCCUAAGAAAGUACAAGUCAGGGAAUGUUUCAUUGAGCUCACCAAGAACACCUUGCAGUACUGAAAAAACCUAGGGCCUGAAUAUACACAAAUGCAAAGCUUUAUUAUCACACCAUGAAUGUAUUUGUGGAACUCGAGACAUCUGCAAAUGAGUUAUUUGUUGCAUUUCUAAUGGCUGCACAGCGUAUUCUCUUAUCUUGUGUUGGGAUGUUGAUAGUUCUUAUGCAGCUAAUACCAUAGGUUGAUAUCACCAUGUGUUUUAGUCAGAGGUUCUUUCAAAAUGCUUUAUCCAUCAAUCAAAAUCAAAUUUUAGGUCCAAAGUUGUCUCAUCUCCACCUACGUCAGUGUAUUGUUGCCACAAUAACAAAAAAAAACGCUCAGUUUCUUGUUAUUAUAACAUAAACUUAACUAAUUUUUACAAGAUCCUAUAAUGUUGAACCAAGAUGGUUGGUUUUAUUAAAAUAGAACGUUUUGGGAUAUAACAAGAUAAAGUGUUAAUGAGUAAUUUGGUAUCUAGUAAAGAUGAGAAAAUGUCAUAUAAUCUAAACAAUAUCUUGUUAUAUUGGAAAAUUAUCUUGUAAAAACAAGAAAAGUUUGUUAUGACAUGAAACUGAGCAAAUGUAUGUUGUCAUGGUGCUACUCAAUGUGUAACAUUGUAAUAUUUUUGCUAUGUUGCUUAAGCAAUGGGUGUAUUUUGUGUGCUCGUCUAAUAUGCUACUGUGUUGACGAUGCUUAAACAAAUGAGAGGAUGCACUUGCAGUACAGCCUAGAAUUAUAAUUAAUAUGUGUGUGUGUCAUUGCACAGUAAUCUUUAUUUCAAGGAAAAUGUUCCGUUUUUUCUUUUAACCCUGUGGUGUACAGCCUCUCGGUGAUUCCCAUAUGGCUUUAUUAUUUCUGUCAGCUUAGCACCUGUGAUGAGAUGAACACAUGUCCCACCUCAGUGAUGUCCCACGCCAUAAUCCCCCACCACUUUGGGUUGAUUGCUUAUGAUAGAUAAUCCCGCCACCAUGCAGCCUUGACAGUUGCAUCAUCAAAGUCAGCAGAGGGUCAGUCACACAGUCCCAGAUCUAAAGCUCAACAAGCACACAGAGUCCAGCAGCCUUAAGUAACAACGCAGGCCUUAGAACUGUUUAAAUACUAAAACAUUGGGGACAUUUUGGGGAUAUGGCAAUAAACAAGGAUUCGGUCCAGUGCAUCUAGAUUUUAGGUUGGAAUCUGUUUUCAGAAAUUAAGGCCUGCUUUUUUUGGGCCCUCACAUGACAAAACCGCCAACUCCACAAACCUGGGUCUGAGCAUCUCAUUUGGGUACUGGGCUGAGAAAUAAAUUGUGCAAAAUCAGAUUCCUAAGAAAUGUUUUAGGUAGAUUUUGUACCACGACUAUCUAAUUAUCGGGUUGACAAUUGUAGUUAGACACAAAUAUGUAGACAUAAUUGCUAGAUUGAAACUGUUACUGUUCUAAAUAUGUUUGUAGAUCUGUGUGGCUUUAUGGUUUUUAUUUUUUUGAUUUUAUUGUAUUCUUAUAUGCUACACUAGUUUUGACAUGUAGCACCUGCACUGUGCAAUAUACAACAAUAUGAGGACUGGGGAAAUGAUUAUUGUUUGGAUGUAAUGUGUGUCUUACCAGUUUGCGGUCGUUUUCUUUUCCCCCCCUCUAGUUCUCAGUGAGUUUCAAUGUGAUGAAGCCUUAUGUACCUUGUCACAAAAAGCGGGUUCCUUCUUGGUGACUCUUAUUGGUGAGUGUCAAAUUAUGAAUUGAUGGUGUACUAUGUCAAGAUUCACUUUGAAUUAAAAAAGAUCUUUUGCUUCA